AUGUCUGAUUUCACAGACAGCGAUGCAACUUCAGUUUCAAUGUCACUUGCAGGAGACAAAAAUCAGAAGCAAACCCCAGAAUCACCGCCGUCAGCCACAACUGGUAGACCGCCAAUUAUAGGUACACGAAGCAAGUCUGUUGGACUCCCUCCUUUGAAUCCAAAUUCUAGCUUGGGAAAUUCCCCAAUUGCAACACCACGAAAUCGAUGUGACACUGCAGAGUUUACAAAGGCGUCAAACACUUCCAGCACAAGUCGCCAUAGACGAUUAGAACAAUUUGAAUUCUCACAGCAGUCUUUAUCGAGUAUCUGGAGCCACGAACCACACAAUCCAAGGCCGACCACAACACCACCUGCAGAGGUCCACUUUCCCGAUGGUGAUGAUUACCUGCAGUUUGGGAACAGCAGCUUUGCCAGUUCAUUUGAUGACGCUAGUGGAUUUGAAGCGUGGAGUGUAGGGCAUGAUCCACCGAUUGGUCCUUCUGUGCACAUUUCAGAUCUUCGACCUGUUAUUGACGAGGCUAAAAAAAAUCCAGCAGCGAGACCCCCGAGACCCGAUCGGCCACGACGGACAAAAGGAGGACGAAAGAAAAAGUUGAAGCCUGAAAUGUCAAUGCCCAUGUAUCUACGAAAGAGAGCAUCGCUGGACGAAAAAGUUACUGGAAACUUGGUCAUAUCUGGUUGGGUAGCAGCAUCGCUAUAUGAUGACGCUCUAGAUGAGCGAUUGGCCGAACCAUCGUCCAAAAUGACACUAGGUGAUAUGUUCUACAUGCAGAUCAUGGAAGCCACGACAACGGCCUACAUUGAUCUUUAUGAUCCAAGUGGAAUCUUGGCUCACCAUUUGGUGCUGAAAAAAGAUUGGGGCUGUAGUUCCAGAGAGGUCACUAGUCGCAUUGGGAAAAUGGUUUUUAUCCAGUCGCCAAUCCUUUCAAUCGUUCGGCUUCUUCCGAUAUCAUUGGAAGAUGCAUUUUUCAAUGGCGAGAAUUUGAUAUCGUCCAAAGAGUUUUCGCGAGCACAGAGUAUGCUCUUUGUCAGUGGAGCAGGCAAGGUUUACGCACCGGACGAACAGCAUGAUGCAGCCACCUUCAUUCUGUUUACUCUGGAUGCCCUUGUCAAACAAUUCGGAAUAUAG